CGGAUGACUGUCGCCUGCAGGAGUGCCGAGCUGCUCUCCGUCGGGGGUUUAAGUAACGCCGAAGUGGCUGAAACUCGUUUCUCCUCUUUCUCUUCUCUCUCUCUUCAGGUCGACUCAGAGAGAAACAGCAAGCGGCACGGAGCGGUCGUAUCUACUGUGGAAACUCUUUAUUUUCUCAUUUAAGGGGCUCCUCGCACAGAGCUAGGAAAAAAAAAGGACAGAAACAUGCCGAAAGCGGUCAAUGUUCGCGUCAUCACUAUGGACGCUGAGCUGGAGUUUGCCAUCCAGCCCAGCACCACCGGCAAGCAGCUGUUUGACCAGGUGGUGAAAACCAUCGGCUUACGUGAGGUCUGGUACUUCGGACUUCAAUAUAUGGACGGCAAAGGUUACUACACUUGGCUAAAACUCGACAAAAAGGUGUCGUCCCAGGACGUAAAGAAGGAGAACCCACUGCAGUUCAAGUUUAGGGCCAAAUUCUUCCCUGAGGAUGUGUCUGAGGAGCUGAUCCAGGACAUCACCCAGAAGCUGUUCUUCCUACAGGUGAAAGAGGGCAUCCUGAGCGACGAGGUUUAUUGUCCACCAGAGACAGCUGUGCUGCUGGCUUCCUACUCUGUUCAGGCCAAGUUUGGAGACUACAACAAAGAAGUCCACCGACCUGGAUACCUGCUGACUGAACGCCUGCUGCCACACAGAGUCCUGGAGCAGCACAAGUUAUCCAGGGAACAGUGGGAGGAGAGGAUUCAGGUGUGGCACGAGGAGCACUGUGGGAUGUUGAAGGAGGACGCUAUACUGGAGUACCUGAAGAUUGCCCAGGACCUGGAAAUGUACGGCGUUAACUACUUUGACAUCAAGAAUAAGAAGGGAACAGAGCUGUGGCUGGGAGUGGACGCCCUUGGACUCAACAUUUAUGAGAAGGACGACAAAUUGACCCCAAAGAUUGGCUUCCCCUGGAGUGAGAUCAGAAACAUUUCCUUUAAUGAUAAGAAGUUCAUCAUCAAGCCCAUCGACAAAAAGUCUCCGGACUUUGUGUUUUAUGCCCCGAGGCUGCGCAUAAACAAGCGCAUCCUGCAGCUGUGCAUGGGCAACCACGAGCUGUACAUGCGUCGCCGCAAGCCGGACACAAUUGAGGUGCAGCAGAUGAAGGCCCAGGCCCGAGAGGAAAAGCAACAGAAACAGAUGGAGAGGGCCCAGCUGGAGAACGAGAAGAAGAAGAGAGAGGCCAUCGAGAAGGAGAAGGAGCAGAUGGAGCGGGAGAAGCAGGAUCUGAUGAUGAGGCUCUACCAGUUUGAGGAGAAGACCAAGAAGGCAGAGAAAGAUCUGCAGGACCAGCUUCAGAGAGCCAUGAUGCUGGACCAGGAGAGGAGGAGAGCCGAGGAAGAGGCAGCUCGUCUGGAGGCAGAGCGUCAGGCUGCCCUUCUGGCUAAAGAGGAGCUGGCUCGCCAGGCUGAGUCGCAGAUGAAGAGCCAGGAGCAGCUGGCUGCAGAGCUGGCAGAGCACACACAAAAGAUCGCCUUGCUGGAGGAGGCCAAGAGACGCAAAGAGGAGGAGGCCGACACAUGGCAGCAUAGGGCCAUGGAGGCUCAGGACGAUCUGAUUAAGACCAAGGAGGAGCUGCACAUGGUGAUGACGGCGCCCCCGCCACCUCCACCUCCCCCCAUGUACGACCAGAUGGAUGACAGCGACAGCGAGGAGAACGCCAGUGAGAACGCCAGCACGCACAGCGCCGACCUGCAGAUUGAAGGCUUCAACGACCACCGCAACGAGGAGGAUCGCCUCACUGAGGCCGAGAAGAACGAGCGCGUCCAGAAACAGCUGAAGGCCUUGACCUCUGAGCUGGCUCAGGCGCGCGACGAUUCCAAGAACACCCAGAACGACCUUCUUCACAGUGAGAACGUCCGGGCCGGCCGAGACAAAUACAAGACCCUGCGACAGAUCCGGCAGGGCAACACCAAGCAGAGGAUCGACGAGUUCGAGGCCUUAUAAAAAGCCUUCGGUCCCUCAGCCACUCACCCUUUCUGAAUGGUCACUACAUCUCGCGCCUCGGCUGACACACAUAGACGUACAUAAACUCAUAUAACACACAUCAGUUGCAGACUAAACUGGAGCAGUAUAAGCACAGCAGAGGCAUCAGUUACAGAGAGACACACUCCUGCCGUGAGUUUGUCUGGCGGUAUGCAGGGCUUUGCAAAUCCUUUGAAGAAAACUUAGUGCCAAAACCUUUCUCUUCUUAGUGUUUCAGAUCUUAUUUGUGUAUUUGAAUGUGUGUAAUUGGAUCCAUUCAGACCAAAUCAUUGUUGUUUUUAUCCAGAGGUGUGAUAAAGUAGUGGGACUAGCCAAAUUUUAUUAUUAUUUCAUGAUGUGCACAUACAAUAUGUAAUCAAAGCUUCUUUUUGAUGUCGGUCGUUUGUUGUGUUGGAAGAAAAAGGACAGUUUGUCGUUCAUAGCGAUCACUCAGAAAGGGGGAAACAGUAUACGCAGGAAAAUGUGUUUUUUUUGUUUUCCAUUAUAUUUGAACACUUCCAUUUAUGUUUAAUAUUGCUAUAUAGUAGUUUAAAAUCAUGCCUAGUUGAAUAUUUAUACUGUAUAUGGGACAUUAAAAAGGGUAUUUCAUCUUGGUUUGUAUAUUUUUGCUAUCUACUAAUGAUAAUGAGAACAUUUAAUAUGUUUAAAAGGUUUUAUAUAUUGACCAAAAUAAUAUCAGUCUUAUGUUCCAAUACGUUUUCCUUUUAGAUCACUAAAUUAAAGAGAUUUAAUUGUAAAUUAUUAUUUUUUACUGUAGGAAUAUCCAGAUGCAUGCCAUUAAAUCAAUUAAGAAUAUCUUUCUAGGUACUUUUGAUUAGUUGAUUUUUUUGCCGUGCAGCUCACAGCGUGCUGAGGAAUAUCUUCAUCCUCGGAGCGCUGUGUCGACUGAGACACUUCAGUUUAUUAUGUUUUAUUUCUCUGUUCUGUGUCAUGUCGCUGUUGAGCGAGAGAUGAGCAUGUGUUUGUGUGCUUUUACCCUCCCAAGUGGCCUUUCUCUCUGGCUGUCCCUCUGCGGAGAUCAGUCCCAGAUAGUUGGUCUUCACUUCUUAGCCAAGGUGCAUAGUGCAAAAAAAUAAAUAAAUAUGGACAUAACUUUGAAAACCUUUUACUUCUUUUUAGUGUUAGACCUCCGCUGAGGUUAAAAUGAGGGUUGAGGUGAACUUUUAGAAAAGAGUUUUUAUUUUUUUUGCAGCUUGGUCACAAUGGGCUGACCCAGACAUUAUAACACCAACGUCUCACGCUCCUCUCUCUGGACAUGGACUAGAGUAGCAUCCACUGACAAUGUAAUGGAAAACACACAACUCUGCUGGCCUUUGUAUAUGAGCAGGAUUUUAUAAUGAGGUGUUCAACAUAUUGGCAAUAAAGAUGAUUACACAUCA